AUGUCCAUCCUUGCUCUGGUCGAAGAUCGACCAACCCCAAAGGAAGUCUACAACUGGAGGAUUUACCUGUUGGCCGCCGUGGCCUCCUUCACCUCAUGCAUGAUUGGCUAUGACAGUGCCUUCAUCGGCACCACUCUCGCCCUCAGCUCGUUCAAGGACGAGUUCGGUUUCAACACGAUGACCAAGACGGCGGUCAACCUGGUGAGCGCCAACAUCGUCUCCUGCUACCAGGCCGGCGCCUUCUUCGGCGCCUUCUUCGCCUAUCCCAUUGGUCAUUUCUGGGGUCGCAAAUGGGGUCUGCUCUGUGCCGGCGCGAUUUUCACCCUGGGCGCGGGUCUGAUGCUUGGGGCCAACGGGGACCGUGGGCUGGGCUUGCUUUACGGGGGGCGCGUUCUGGCCGGUCUUGGGGUCGGUGCGGGUUCGAACAUCACUCCCAUCUACAUCUCCGAGAUGGCUCCCCCCUCGAUUCGAGGACGACUGGUGGGGGUCUACGAGUUAGGCUGGCAGAUCGGUGGUCUGGUGGGCUUCUGGAUCAAUUAUGGCGUCAGUGAAACGCUGGCUCCCAGCCACAAGCAGUGGAUCAUCCCCUUCGCGGUCCAGCUGAUCCCCUCCGGUCUGCUUCUCAUCGGUGCCGUCUUCCUCAAGGAGUCGCCGCGUUGGCUUUUCUCCCGGGGACGUCGGGAAGAUGCCGUCAAGAAUCUCUGCUGGAUCCGCCAGCUGCCGGCGGACCACAUCUACAUGAUCGAGGAGAUUGGCGCGGUUGACCAGGCCUUGGAGGAGCAGCGGGCCACCAUCGGCCUUGGCUUCUGGAAACCGUUCAAGGCCGCCGGCACCAACAAGAAGGUCAUGUAUCGCCUCUUCCUGGGAAGCAUGCUCUUCUUCUGGCAGAACGGCAGUGGGAUCAAUGCCAUCAACUACUACAGUCCCACGGUGUUCAAGAGCAUCGGUCUCCAGGGCGCAAACACCAGCAUGUUCAGUACCGGGAUCUUCGGCGUGGUCAAGACGGUGGUCACCUUCGUCUGGCUCCUCUACCUGAUCGACCGCGUGGGACGGCGUCUGCUGCUGCUCAUCGGCGCUGCCGGCGCCGCGGUCUGUCUGUUCAUUGUGGGCGCUUAUAUCAAGAUCGCCGACCCGGCCUCCAAUCCCACCCCGGAGAUGACGAGCGGGGGCAUUGCGGCCAUGUUCUUCUUCUACCUGUACACCGUCUUUUACACUCCGUCGUGGAACGGUACCCCUUGGGUCAUGAACUCGGAAAUGUUCGAGCCCAACAUGCGCUCCCUCGCGCAGGCGUGCGCGGCCGCGUCCAACUGGCUCUGGAACUUCCUCAUCUCUCGCUUUACGCCGCAGAUGUUUGCCAAGAUGGAGUACGGCGUGUGGUUCUUCUUUGCCUCGCUGAUGGUCCUGUCCAUCGUCUUUGUCUUCUUCCUGAUUCCGGAGACCAAGGGGAUCCCGCUGGAGAGCAUGGAUGUCCUGUUCGAGACGCGGCCGAUCUGGCGCGCCCAUGCAACGGUCCUGGCCAAGCUGCGCGAAGACGAGGAACGGUUCCGGCAUGAGAUCGAGGAGUCGGGCUACACCAAGACGGGCGACGAGCAGGUGGAGCACUUGCCCAAGGUUUAG